AUGGACCUCACCGCCCCAGAUUCAUUUGUUGGGGGGGCUGACCACAAGAAGAGGACUCGCAUCAGGUUCUCUUGUACAAGCUGUCGAGGGAAGAAACUAAAAUGCGACCGCCAGUCUCCGUGCGAUCAAUGCAUCAAACGGGGCCUUGAUGGCACGUGCCAGUUCAUUCCGUACGUCGCGACAGCCUCGCCAUCUGAGCCGGCGCCGGGCCUGGCUCGUGCUGCCGCUUCGGCGUCGCCUCGUGGCAUAAAGCCGGCAACCGACUCGGCUCUGCAGGCCCGCUUGAAGCACCUGGAGCACAUUGUGCAGGUUCUGAAGUCACAGCGCCGAUGGGCCGGCGACACGGCUCUCACUGUCGGUAGCGAGGGAGAUCAACAAGACGACGACUAUGGCGAAGGUGAAAACCAGUUCUUACCUCGCUGCCUCAAAGAGACGGCUGGGCUGGUGACGGAAGACCAGAGGUAUAUCGACAAUGCAAAUUGGGAGGCCAUUUUAGAUCACAUAACUACUCUGACUAGUGACCUUCAUACCUUUGACGACAUACCUGACGACAUACCUGACGAUACUCGUACUCGCCACUUUAUUCCUUAUGACUAUGCCUCUUCCGCGAAGGGCCCCGUUCUUUUUUCGGGCGUCUUUCCCCGCGCAACCGUCGCCCAGAUGGCCUUUCACCUGCCACCGCGUCCGGUUGCUGACCGUCUAAUUUCUGCCCUGUUCGAGACGAAAGAACCAUCGUGGGUAAUCUUCCAUGUCCCUUCAUUCCUGAGGGACUACAAUAGACUUUGGGAAAAUCCGUCCAAGAGAACAUACGCCAGCCUCGCGCUUCAUUUCUCUGCCUUUUCUCUUGCAUCGCUCUACAUCCUCGGGCGGGGAGAAGAAAUGCCAGGCAACCUGGGUCCUGCUCGUGCUGUGUUUGAAUCAUUUAAAGCGCACGCGGCCCACUGUCUAGCGCUCAGUGACUACACAAAGCCUGGCUGCUACAAGAUCGAGGCAUUGAUCAUGUUGUUUGGGUGUGAGUUUGUGGGCUACCCGGAUGCGGUAGUCGGCAGCUCGAUGCUCCUCACCAUAACCAUCCGCCUCGCGAUGCACAUGGGCAUGCACCGGGAUGGUAGACAUUAUCCCAAAAUGUCCCCCUUCACCUCUGAAAUGCGGAGAAGGAAGUGGGCAAUGUUGAGAGAAAUUGACCGUCUUCUUUCAUUCCAUUUCGGCCUCCCCAGCAAUAUCCACGACCGAUUCUCUGACACGGAGCCUCCGAGGAACCUCCACGACGAAGACUUUGAUGAAGAAACCGAGGUACUCCCUCCAUCGCGCCCAUUCACAGAACGGACUACGGCUACCCUGAUCAUUUUCAAAUCCCGCCUCGGCGCCGUGUUUGGCGAGAUUAUCGAACCAACAAGUUCGCCGAAGCCGAUGAGCCAUGCUGAUACCUUGCGUCUUGAUGCGCGACUUCAACAGGUCCACGACAACAUACCGGCCAUCCUCCAGUAUCGUCCCCCCAGUGAGUCCCUGGCGGACCCUGUCGAUCUGUUCAUGCAGCGAUACCUGCUAGACCUGAUCUACCUGAAGGCUCGCAUGGUUCUUCAUCGAUCUUACCUGGGACUUGGCCGACUGUACGAGCGCUACGCCGACUGCCGGCGUAUUUGCUUGGAGUCUGCCAUGCUGGCGCUUCAAUAUCAAUACGAGAUUCACGUCGAGGUUCAACCAGAUGGUCGGCUGGCCAAGGAUAGGUGGUUUUUGAACAGCUUGAGUGUCCAUGACUUUUUGCUGGCCGAUAUGAUUCUUUGUCUUGAACUAUCCUAUCUCACCGCGAAAGAAGAUAAGCCCGGUUCGCAAUUCACGAUAGAGGUUGAAGUGGUGGACGGCGCUGUUCCUGACGUCGUGGCAAAGGAAAAGCUGCUAGAAUUGCUCGAAACCUCAAGGCUCGUUUGGCAAGCAAUGAGGCAUCAGUCGACCGAGGCCAAUCGGGGCUUCAAGAUUCUGAGCAAGAUGCUUAACUUGUCGAUGGGCGCGACAGGCUUCAGUUCGGAAUCUUCCAACUGUUCACCGGAAAGCCAGGACCAAGCACCUUCCCAUCACCCUCAAUACCAGACUGGUACGGCUUUCUUUUCUAUUGUUCGGAUUAUAUUUUCGGAUGCGUCAUGUCGCAUGGCCAACGGCCCGAAUUUACGUUCUGGGACUCAAUAUUGA